UGUAGCAAUAACCUAAAAAUUGGAUUGUUUAGUUGUCAAACUACAGACAAAAAUAGUAAACCAAUUUUAUAAUCUGUUUAUUACAAACAAGGAUGUCCGAAACUGACGAUUUGGAAAGUGCAUUGCUGCUUGCAGCCGCAGAUGCGGACGCUAGAAACACAAUUUCGGAACAGGAAGAAGUUGAAGAAGAAGAAACCUACAAAGAAUUUAAGGAAGAAUCUCCUGAGCCAGAAGUGCAACCGGAACCAGCCCCUCCUGUGGAGAGGUGGGAAAAUGCUAAACUGCGGAAAACAAAUGAGGGAUUCGCCAAAGUCGUUGCCAAUCAUUAUAAUCAAUUGGAAGAGAAGGGUUUGGAGGAAAGGUCCAAGUCUCGUAUAGUUCAUUUAAGAAACUUUCACAAUUGGAUCAAGAGCAUGUUAAUAAAUGAAUACCUAACAAAGAUAAAAAAUGUGAAAUAUAAUGAGCCAAUACAUGUAUUAGACAUGGGGUGUGGGAAAGGAGGUGACCUAUUCAAAUGGCAAAAGGGCAGCAUAAAGCAUUUAAUAUGCACAGAUAUUGCAGAAAUCUCUUUGGAUCAAUGCAAACAGAGGUAUACAGACAUGGCUCGUCGAAACAACCGUGGCAGGAACGGUGAUAUAUUUUCAAUAGAGUACAUUCCUGCGGACUGCACGCGAAAAAGACUGAGAGAAAAAUACAAGGACCCCUCCAUGCAACUGAACCUGGUGAGUUGCCAGUUCGUGUUCCAUUACAGCUUCGAAUCGCUGCCACAGGCUGAGAAGAUGUUCCAGAACGCGGCGGAAUGCCUAAAACCGGGCGGCUAUUUCAUCGGUACGCUCCCCGAUUCGAACGAUAUAAUCGCGAGGGCGCAACGCAACCGCACCAGGACGUUCGGCAAUGACUUGCUGAAGGUGUCAUUGGAUUUUGAUCCUGAUGAUCCACCCCUAUUUGGUGCCAAGUACCACUUUCAGUUGGAUGGUGUUGUUGAUUGUCCCGAGUUCCUGGUGCACUUUCCCACGCUGGUUAAGCUGGCGAAAAGGUACGGACUCAAACUCGAACGGAAGGAGAAGUUUUACGAUUACUAUGAGAGAAUGAAGGAGGAGGGUGAUCAUCUGUUGCGCAACAUGAGGACUUUUGAAAGUUAUCCGCCUGCUGAAGGUUGCAGUUUGGUCGGGACGGCGGAGGACGAUUACGCACAUGCAGAUGCAUAUUUGAAGGCAACAGGACAACAGGGACCGUUGGGGACUCUGUCUAAGUCUGAGUGGGAGGCUUCAUCCCUAUAUCUGACUUUUGUGUUCGUGAAGGUGAAACCGUCAGCGUACAACAAGGACGGUAGACCGAUCUACGACAUAAAAUAAUUAAUUCGCAAUGUACGAAGUAUUAAAUCCAGACAAUAAAGAUAUAAAACGUCA